GGAGGAAAUGCAUCAUCUCUUCAGACUCUCCAUCCAAAACCGCAGGACUCUCAACUCUACAUUAUUAUUUCUGCUUUCCACAGAUCAAACCACUGGAGCUCAGUGCAGACUGGGAUUAUUAUGGCUCAAUGGAUGCAAUAUACAUUAUUUCUGACUGCUUUUCUGCGAGUCUGGUCAGCUCCACAGACGAGCAGAAGACGAGAGUUCACCGAGGCUCAGACAUACCUGAGGCGGUUUGGAUAUCUAGAUACUCCACUGAACCCAGAAGCUCAGAGAGACUCCAGUGAGUGGGAUAUGAAAGUGGCUGUCAGUCUCUUUCAGAGGGUUUCAGGUCUGCCCGUCACUGGAAAUUUGGACACAGCGACUGUUUUUAAAAUGAGGGAGCCACGCUGUGGUGUUGAAGACCCGUUCAACCAGAAGUCUUUCAAAUACAGGCGGUUUGGUGGAUACUGGAGAAAGAAAAACUUAACAUAUCGAAUUUACAACUAUACACCAGAUAUGGGUAAAUCUGCAACGCAGACGGCGAUACGCACAGCCUUUAAGUACUGGAGUGACGUGACCCCGCUCAGCUUUACAGAGAUUCACUUCGGCACUGCUGAUAUCAGGAUCUCCUUUCACAAGAGAGAUGGCUGCCCGUCGCCGUUCGAUGGGCCCGGUCAUGUUCUCGCUCACGCCGAAGCUCCUCCUUCAGGAAUAGUUCACUUUGAUGAAGACGAGUUCUGGACUGAAGGGAAGUAUUAUGGCUCUAAUCUGCGUAUCGUUGCGGCUCAUGAGAUCGGUCACGCUCUGGGUUUGGGUCACUCUCAGUACAGCAGCGCACUGAUGGCAGCGCACUACACCGGCUACCAGGUCAACUUCAGACUGCACAGCGACGACAUCAGAGGAAUCCAAGCAAUUUAUGGUAAAAGGGUCUCCAGUACGACUACUGCUGAUGAUGUCUAUGAUGUGACAUAUCCCACAAUGAUGGCCCCGUUCCCUAGAGGUGAUGUUCUGGAUCCAUGCAACGCCAAACUUGAUGCUAUAAUGCUGGGUCCCUGGCGUAAAACGUAUGCGUUCAGUGGGGAUUAUGUGUGGACGGUUACAGACACAGGUCAUAACUCUCCAGUGAAAAUAAAUCUGCUCUGGAAGGGGCUGCCGGGAAACCUGAAUGCAGCGGUUUACUCCCCCAGAACCAACAAGACGUACUUCUUUAAAGGUGAAAAGGUCUGGAGGUACACAAAUUACCGUCUUGAUUAUCGAUAUCCCAAACCACUGAAAAGAAUCCCGGCCAACAUCGACGCUGCUUUGUACCAUGAGAAGAACAAGAAAAUUUUCUUUUUUAAGGGCUCAGGCUAUUGGCAAUGGGACGAAAUGGUUUACAAUGACCUCAGCGUUUACCCCAAGCCCAUUUCACGCCUGUUCACUGGCAUCCCGUCCAAUCCCGAUGCAGCGUUCACGUGGACCAAUGGGAAAAUGUAUUUCUUCAAAGGUGACAAGUACUGGCGCGUCAGUGAGCAGUUCACUGUUGAUUCUGGAUAUCCGCUCAGUAAACGUGUCCGCUGGAUGAGGUGCAACUAAUUUACUCAACGUUUCCCUAAAAACUCAGUGAAUGUUUCACGCUACAGUAUAAGGCCCUCAGUUUCACACUACGGCUACUUAAAUCUGUGGGUAUGAAGUGAAACGAUUGGUAAAUACAGAUGCUAUUUCCUGUGAAAUUCAAUGCCACAAAUCGAAAAUAUUAGUCAUUAUGGUGCAAAUGUAAUUGGGAAAAGACAAGGGGCCUCAUUUCUAAAGUGUGUGUGUAUGCUCAGAUUGGAUCAAAUGCUGUGUUCACACCAGACGCGGCACGCACUAUUCGUGCGUGAGCAUUUUGAGUUUAUUCGCAUCAUUCGCACGUCAAAUUCGCUUAACAAUAGGGUUGGGCCGAUAGACGAUGCCAUUGUCCAUCACCGAUGGCUGAUAGACACCAUGAUCUUGAGCCGCCUCCGCCCCGCCGCAAAUCCACUUGCAAAAAAUACACAGUUAGGCCCCGUUUACACGAUCACGUCUUAGUUUUUAAAUGCCAUUUCAGAGCGAAAACGAUCCACAUCCACUCUGGCGUUUCACCUGGCAUUUCUAAACAGCUCUCCGUCCACACUACCGAUGAAAACACACAUUACAUGACCACACACACACACAUGUCAUGUGCGGGUCCAGGCAGUCAGUGGGUCAGUACACUGCUUUAAUCUUUCGCUUUCAUGCUUGUACUUAGUAAUUUUAGCGAAAAACUCUUGGCACCUUCUGCACCAAUCAAGUUUGUCGACGCCAUUAUAACGACACAGAUCACUCUGCUUAUUCAUGCCAGAAAGUUAUUGGCAGGUGGUCAUUUGUGUGUAACUUCUCUUUAUUAUGAUUAUGAACGCACCAACACAGGUUUUUGUGCACGCAUUCGUUUUCCCUCAAUCGCACUUGCGCAUUUUCGCAAAAAGACAUGAGAACAAAUUAAGAACACUUUCUGUGCGACAUUUUAUAAAUGAGGCCUCUGGGUAGGAAGGUUUUUCUCUCUAUAAUAACAUUGUUAUUUAUUAUUUUAAAGAGUUACUUAUAGUAGCUUUAUUUUAUUGCGUUUUUGUUGGUGCUUCCAUUCAUUUGACGAAGAUACCGAAGUCUGUUGGUCAGCAUGUUAAAUCUGAAUUCAUUUACUUAACGCACCAUGAAAUGAAUC